GGCAGCUUCCGGGUCGCCUGUUUGGGGUCCUGACUGGAGGCUCGGCGCCAGUCAACAUUAAAAUCUAUAAAAACCGAGUAAAUUUAUGAAAUAAUCCGUUAAAUCGAGUCGUUAAGGACGUUUGGACCUUCAGUCGUUCAACCAUGAAUCUGGAGCUGCUCGAAUCGUUCGGGCAGAACUAUCCAGAGGAGGCAGAUGGGACCCUGGACUGCAUCAGCAUGGCCCUCACCUGCACCUUCAACCGUUGGGGGACGCUGCUGGCUGUCGGCUGCAACGACGGACGCAUCGUCAUCUGGGACUUCCUGACACGAGGCAUCGCCAAGAUCAUCAGCGCCCACAUCCACCCCGUCUGCUCCCUAUGCUGGAGUCGAGACGGACACAAGCUGGUGAGUGCUUCAACAGACAACAUCGUGUCCCAGUGGGACGUCCUGACAGGAGACUGUGACCAGAGGUUUCGCUUCCCAUCACCCAUCCUCAAGCUGCAGUGUCACCCCAGAGACAUGGACAAGGUCCUGGUGUGUCCCAUGAAGUCGGCCCCGGUGCUGCUGACUCUGUCCGACUCCAAACACGUGGUCCUGCCGGUGGACGACGACUCGGACCUGAACGUGGUGGCGGCGUUCGACCGGCGGGGAGAAUACAUCUACACGGGCAACGCCAAGGGGAAGAUUUUGGUGUUGAACACAAACACUCAGGAGCUGGUGGCUUCCUUCAGAGUCACCACUGGAACCAGCAACACCACCGCCAUCAAAUCCAUCGAGUUCGCACGCAAGGGAAGCUGCUUCCUGAUCAACACGGCGGACCGGAUCAUCCGGGUGUAUGACGGCAGGGAGAUCCUGACCUGUGGCCGCGACGGAGAGCCUGAACCCAUGCAGAAGCUCCAGGACCUGGUCAACAGGACUCCGUGGAAACGCUGCUGUUUCUCCGGAGAUGGCGAGUACAUCGUGGCCGGUUCAGCCCGGCAGCACGCGCUCUACAUCUGGGAGAAGAGCAUCGGGAACCUGGUGAAGAUCCUCCACGGGACCAGAGGAGAGCUGCUGCUGGACGUCGCUUGGCAUCCUGUCCGUCCGAUUAUCGCCUCCAUCUCCAGCGGCGUGGUCUCCAUCUGGGCUCAGAACCAAGUGGAGAACUGGAGCGCCUUCGCUCCCGACUUCAAAGAGCUGGACGAGAACGUGGAGUACGAGGAGAGAGAGUCUGAGUUCGACAUCGAGGACGAAGACAAGAGUGAACCAGAGCAGACAGGUGCAGACGCUGCGGAGGAUGAAGAGGUUGACGUCACCACCGUCGACCCUAUAGUUGCUUUUUGCAGCAGUGACGAGGAGCUGGAGGACUAUAAGGCCCUGCUCUACCUGCCCAUCGCCCCGGAGGUGGAGGACCCCGAGGAGAACCCCUUCGGCCCCCCGCCUGACGCCGCCUCCCAGACCGCCACGCCAGAGGAGGCGUUAGCCGGCGGGGACAAGAAGCGCCAGCCGUCAUCUGAAGGAGGUCCGGCCAAGAAGAAGGCCCGCACCACCACCAUCGAGCUGCAGGGGGUCCCCAGUGACGAGGUGCACCCCCUGCUGGGAGUGAAGGGGGACGGCAAGUCGAAGAAGAAGACGGCCGGCCGGCCCAAAGGCUCCAAAGGUAAAGACAAAGACUUCCCCUUCAGGCCCAAGCCCUACAGGGGCGAACGGCCCUCCUUCCCCCUGGUGGAGACCCUGGGCAGCUCUGGCCCAGGAGGAGGAGGAGGAGGAGGAGGAGGAGGAGGAGGGAUGAAGGGCAGAGCAGAGGGGGGCCUGGCCACAGGUAGUUUGGUGUCAGCAGCGUAUAAACAACACGACAUGGGAGGGAUGGACUGACUGUGACUCUCCUACAGGCUCCAAACACAGAGACACAAAGCCUGAUGGGAUAUCACACUGGUGGACUGCUUCCUCUCCAACCAGAGCACAGGAGCCUCCUCACGAGCCUCCUCACGAGCCUCCUCACGAGCCUCCUCACGAGCCUC